CUCAAGGUGCGUUUGCUCCUUCCUGGCAGUUAUUGUUUCUCCAUGGGAUUUCUUCUGCCCCCCGCGACUGACCUGAUGUGGACCGAAGAGUUUCUAACAUGAACUUUCUCUCGGGGAUCUGGUGGUCUCUUCCCCUGGUCUUGGUCUGGGCGACCCCACCAGUCACCUCCUCAUGGUGGUACAUGGGGGCCGUGGGCUCGUCGCGGGUGAUGUGCGACAACGUGCCGGGGCUGGUGAGCCGGCAGCGGCAGCUGUGCCGGCGGCACCCCGAGGCCAUGCUCUCCAUCGGCCGCGGCGUGGCCGCCUGGACGGCCGAGUGCCAGCACCAGUUCCGCCGGCACCGCUGGGACUGCAACGCCCUGGAGCGGGGGCAGCGCCUCCUCGGCCGCGUCCUGCUGCGCAGUAGUCGUGAAUCUGCUUUUGUACAUGCUAUCUCCUCUGCGGGAGUUGUUUUUGCCAUCACCAGGGCAUGUAGCCAAGGGGAGCUAAAAUCCUGCUCCUGUGAUCCCAAGAAGAAAGGCUCUGCCAAGGACAGCAAGGGCCAUUUUGACUGGGGUGGCUGCAGCGAUAACAUCGACUACGGCGUUAAAUUUGCCAGAGCCUUCGUGGAUGCCAAAGAACGGAAAGGAAAAGAUGCAAGGGCACUGAUGAACCUUCACAACAACAGAGCUGGAAGGAAGGCCGUGAAGCGGUUUUUGAAACAGGAGUGCAAAUGUCACGGUGUGAGUGGAUCGUGCACUCUAAGGACCUGUUGGCUGGCCAUGGCAGACUUUAGGAAAACAGGAGAUUAUCUGUGGAAGAAAUACAAUGGAGCGAUUCAGGUGGUCAUGAAUCAAGAUGGCACAGGUUUCACUGUGGCUAAUAAGAGAUUUAAGAAGCCAACUAAGAAUGACCUGGUAUACUUUGAAAGCUCUCCAGACUACUGUAUCAGGGACAGGGAUGUAGGGUCCCUCGGGACAGCUGGUCGGGUCUGUAACCAAACCUCCCGCGGCAUGGACAGCUGUGAAGUGAUGUGCUGCGGGAGAGGCUAUGACACCUCCCGUGUCAGCAGAAUGACAAAAUGCGAGUGCAAAUUCCACUGGUGCUGUGCUGUGCGCUGCCAGGACUGCCUCGAAGUGGUAGAUAUUCACACCUGCAAAGCGCCAAAGAGCGCUGCCUGGAUCUCCCGGACAUGACGCACAGGCUACCGGUGCUUGAGGACUGCAGCCUUUGUCCUUCUUGGUCUGUGCAGGGAAUGCACCCAAGGUCUUCUCUACUUUUACACCAGCUUUGCCUUUGUCUUUCAUUGCACAGAAGCUGAUGAAUAAUCAAUGCAAACUCUGCAGCAUUUACUUCCAAUUUCUGCAUGACAGGGUUGCUGCGGGGUUGUCUGUGCCUAAACUGACGCAGCUCUGAAAGGACUACUUCUGCCAGGACUCUUCCAACCAACACACAACUCUCCUCCAGACUCCUUAUGGUAAUUAAUUCCUGCCACCAGGAACACAGCAAGAUGCAAAAAUGGGGCAUUUUGUACAAGACCACCACCACCAACAACUGCAGAGGCUGAGCUUGCUCAAGCACCAUUCAAAGGAUCUUGUACUGGUCACAGUUGUGCCCUGGAUGCUGAAGUGCUCAGGAAUUUGAGCACCAGUUGGUGGUCCCUCCAUGAGAGAAAAUUUGGGGCCAGGCUGGGUGAAAGGCUUUACUGGAGGGGUGUUUGUCCAUCCCCGGUGGACUGGGGCUUGCAGUGGGGUGGCCACCUGAGGCCACCCCAGCCACCGUUAGCACGCUGUGCUUCCCAUGGGGCAGAAAUUGGCCCACAGCAAGGAGCAAAGGAAACUGCAGGAGAUGUAUUCAACCACAACAUUUUCAUAAACUAUUGAAGAGUCAAAGCAAAUGCCUUAGUUAUAUUUGUGAAAACUUGCCUUAAAAGCUUUUAAAAGGUCAUUAAUAUUAACUGCUGAGGUUUUUUGUGAUCUGAAGCAUUGGAGAGAAGAGCUUUGUUUCUCAGCCUAAUGAGAGCUGGGUAUAGGACACUCAACUACCUAAGGAUAAGGUUUCCUAUUUUUCACUUACUGAAUAAGCAAAAAAAUGUUUGCAGGAAGCUGAUGGACAAGGAAAUACCUUGUCUCAGUAAUGACUGGGUUGCUAAAGAAUUUAUCAACUUCUAUGUUAUUUUAAGUUUAAUAAAUCUAUUAAAUGUAUUCAAAAUUAUACAUUCCAUUCAGAUGGGGACUUCCAAAUGAGAUUUUCUCUGAGUACUUUCUGUAAAAACUUAUACCUAUGAUUAAGGGUGCAUUGGCCUUUGGUGGAGUCAGUUACAGGUUGUGCCAGGUCUAUAGGCUGGGCCGGCACAAAACAACAAAGUGCUGGAAAGGUGUGCCGGUUGCUGCGGCCCAGAAAUCUCAGCCUUGUUGGAGAGAAGUUGGGUCAGAGAGGGACCAGCUGCCUCUCCUCGGAGCAGAGAUCAGCAAAUGAGCCAAGAUGAAAGAUGGGUCCUGUGCUGGUAAGUCUAAUAAGGCUCUGAAAAAGCAUCCAUGAAAUGCAGAGACAGGCAAGGUAAUGAAAAAAAUAACAUGGGAAAAGGAGAUUGAGUGGCUGAUAGAACAUAUUGUAGAUGCAGGUAAAAUUUCCAUAUGAAAAUGAAAAAGUCUGGAGGAAUCCUAGUGGGUACAAACAGUACAUGAAAAAGUAAUAUACAAGUAGCAUAUGGUGGCAAUAAAGUGAGUACUCUGGUUAUGUUUUUUUUUAAAAACCCCAAUAUUUAGAAAGAAUAAGGUUUUGUAUUUGAUGGCCUUGAGAGAACAGUCAUUUAUAUCUGAAAGGUUUUGGAAAAACUUUGUAUCAUUAAAAUGGGCAAGUCAUCUCCAGAAGGCAUAGUUGGCAUUAAAAGAUUAAGAGGAUCCAGAAGGGUAUUUAUUUGGACAAUAAGAUAAUAUUUCAAUUACUGUAUAUGGCAUUGAUGUAGUGAUCAUGGCUAGAAGUAAGAAUAAUCGUGCUUCUGGGUAUAAACCAGCUGCUAGUGGGAACAGCCCUGUCGGCGCUUUAGUGUACAGUGUGUGCAUUGCACACACACGCACAUGCAGCCUGUAUGUGUGUACACAUGCUCGGUUCAGCAGUUAUACUGUUGGCCUCAUUACUGCUGGCAAUUCUAGCUCUGGGCUGGAUAAGGAAAAUUUCAUACGUAAUUGCAUUUAAAGGUGAGCUCCAAGGAGAAUUUUUAUUACAAUUUCAUUGUGAAAUUAAAUCUGUGUAGUUCACAGUCUGAGCAAUGUCACAUUUUAAGAAUUAAAGCAAGAACUUAAAAGCAGUAGAAUACUCUUGUGCCAGGUUUUCUGGAAGAUUCAGGGAACCCUUGAGUAGUCUAC